AUGGAUUCAUACAGACAUUGUCUUGCACAGGUGGAUGAUUCUACAUUAAAUGAUAAGGAAUGGACACUAGACUUGCCUGACAGCCUCAUGCAAUUUCGGAUGAAUUUAGUCGAACUUUUGGUGUAUAUUUGUCAACUUCUUGGAUCUGCUAUGUUUGUACAAAAGGUGUUCUUUGGUGGUUGGGUGUCUUCCAACACACAAAUUCCUUGGAAGGAGGUGGAGGCCAAAAUGUUUGCCCUGAAUGCGGUUGCUGAAGUUUUUCUGAAGGGAAGCGAAACUUUUGAUUUCUCUAUUGUUAUGCACUUGGUGACAAUUUUGUCCAGUAGGACAUCCGAUGAACUCAAGGGCUUUAUGUGCAUUGUAUAUAGAUCGGUUGCAGAUGUUGUUGGUUCCUAUUCCAAGUGGAUAUGUGCUUUCCAAACCAAUGCUAGACCAUUAUUGUUAUUUCUUGCGUCUGGGAUUUCAGAAUCUUUGUGUUCAAAUGCUUGUGCCACUUCUUUGCGCAAGUUCUGCGAAGAUUCUACUGCAGUAAUGUCUGAACCUUCAAAUUUAGAAGUUUUGAUCUGGAUAGGAGAGGAAUUGGAGAAGAGGCAUUUACCUCUAGAAGAUGAAGAAGAAGUUGUUUCUGCUAUUACUCUGAUACUUGACUCCGUUCCCAGCAAGGAGCUAAAGGGUAAUUUGUUGGCUAGAUUGCUUUCUCCUAGCUAUGAAGCUAUUGGGGAACUUGUAAGUUGUUCUGUCUUUUCCUGGUGUAUGACUAUGUGAUGGUUCGUUGAUUAUCCUUACUUCAGAAUCAAACUGCUUGGACG